GUCCUGGAAUCUUGACCCGAACUCUGCUCAAUGCAGGUGUUAGAGUGGUAGCUCUAGAAAGUAACUCAGCUUUUCUUCCAAACUUACAGUCCCUAGAAAAUAGCCUGGAUGGACAAUUAAAGGUAAUUUACGGUGACUUCUUCAGACUGGAUCCUUUGAGAACUGGACCAGUGAAACCACCUGCUAUGUGUUCUGACAAACUUUUUGAAACCAUGGGUGUAGCAGCAGUUCCUUGGAGGGCAGAUGUACCUGUCAAAAUGUUUGGAAUCUUACCACAAAAAAAGGAAAGGAACAUGCUUUGGAGGCUUGUUUUAUCCAUGUAUGAAUGCAGUUCCAUAUACAGAUAUGGAAGAGUAGAAGUCAACGUCUUCAUAAGUGAAAAAGAGUAUAAAAUAUUAACAGCAAAGCCUGGAGAAUUAAAGGCUUACCAAGCACUUACUGUACUUUCACAAGUGGGAUGUGAAAUUGAGCUACUGCACAUGGAUGACGUAUAUUUUAAAGUAAACAUUAAGGAGUGGCAGAAUAAGAUGAUACUUGGUGAAGAUGGUAAUCUGACUAAUGGGGAUGAAGAAAACGGGGAGGCAUUCAAUGUGGGUUUUGCCUCUGUCUUUAAUAAUACAGAUACCACGGGCUGCCUGGUGCCCUGA